UGCCUCAGCAAGGAAAACAAAACAAAGGAGCCGCGAGCCGAGCCCGGCGCGGCGGGGCUGGCGGCAGGAUGCCUCAGCCGCCUGUGGGCCCUGAGGGCAGCGCCUGUGGGCCCAGCGGCCGGAUUCUCCUAUGACCCCGCUACGAAGACGUCCCUGAGCCCCGGGGAAGGGGAGCGACACCCCACCCCCAGCUUUGCAGCCGGUACCUGAGCGGAGCAUGAGGCGCUGGUGCUACUAACCGCCCCCCUACGCGCACACGCACACACUCCCACCCACCCCCCAGCCGAGCAGCGGUGGAGGCUUCUCCCUGCCCCCCCCUCGAGGGGAGCGGGCCCGCAGCACUGGGCGGCGGUUGACUGUUUCUCUUGUGGCAUCUGUGUGGAAAGUGCCACACACACUCCAGAACAACGACGGCUUUUGCUUGCAUUUUCCAGUGUUUCUUUUGUCAGCGAGUUCAGCAAAGUUGUAAUUCUUCAAGUGCCAGCCCUGAGCUGAGUGAGGAGCCACCAGCAGAGAUGGUAAAAAUGACAAAAUCAAAAACGUUCCAGGCUUACCUGCCAAACUGUCAUCGAACCUACAGCUGUAUCCACUGCAGAGCUCACCUAGCCAAUCAUGAUGAAUUGAUCUCCAAGUCUUUUCAGGGAAGCCAGGGACGAGCCUACCUCUUCAAUUCUGUAGUGAAUGUGGGCUGUGGUCCAGCAGAGGAGAGAGUACUUCUGACAGGUUUACAUGCUGUAGCAGAUAUCUAUUGUGAAAACUGUAAGACUACUCUUGGAUGGAAAUAUGAACAUGCUUUUGAAAGCAGUCAGAAGUACAAAGAAGGAAAAUUUAUAAUUGAACUUGCCCACAUGAUCAAAGACAAUGGUUGGGAGUGAUUUCCCACGCCUCUCACACACUCUGGACAAUAUUCUGUGGAACAUGCUUUAUAAAGACUAAAGCAAAGUAAAGGAGGAUUCUGGCUGAGGUGGCUCUGAAAAUAUCGCUGAACUUUGAAACCUCACAAAUGAGUAGUGUAGUUUGUGGCUCUUUCAGGCCAUGUUUGCCUUUUUCUCCUUGUGUAAGUUCCCUCUUUUUGUAUAUGUACUCUUGUGUGAGCAGUUGUUUUGGAACAUUUUGGAUGACCUUUUUCUAAACUCUCUGAAUAGAGAAACCAUUAGUUAAUUGCAGAUGGAUUUUACUGGUUGGUAUCUAUCUUUUACCUACGCCUUUAAUGCUACCUUCUGCUGUGCAUGCUUCUUGCCUAAACACCUACACUCCAAUCCUAUGGAAGAUCUGUAUGAGCAGUCCUAAAGAAUGUAUAGGAUGGGGGUGUCUUUUUAUAUGUAGCAACUUCUGACAUCUUUUGGAAGUGAAGGGGAUGCAGUAUUGUAGUUUCAUUAAUUUCUUUUUAAAAUUUGGGAGUACAAAAACCUGUGUACGUUUUGUAAGGAAACUGAUUAUAGGUACAGUGCCCACUUAGAAAUCUUUCAGUUGCACUGACUGAAUGUGUAAGAUCUUAAAUUUUGUUAGGAAUACAUUGAUAUGUUGUUAUAAUUAGUGCAAAUAACUUGCAAGAACAUUAAGGAAUGGUACUGUAAUUAUAAUCAAAAUACAUUCCUUAUUCUGCAACCUUUUAUCUUUAGGGAAGAAGAAAAAAUAACAGCCUGCAAGAUCAAAGGGCACAAAAAUGUACAUGUCUUUCACUUGCUACCAAAUUUUUUUUUGCACUGUACCUUUAACAGUAACAGGGAGCUAUGCAUCAUUGAAGUUGUAUGGCUGGUUCCAUGUAGCUGCAUAGCCUAAUGCACUGGACAAAGAGGUUGAUAUAUUUAAAAAAAAAAACAAAACAAAAAAACCUUAAAAUUAUUCUACUGUCAUUUACAUUUGAACAAGAAUAGAUAUUUUUGUGGGAAAAAGGCCAUGGCCUAUGAGAGAAAAAUGGGGGUUAAUGGGAGGGUAGGAAAGUAAAGAAUGAAAGUUGAUUUCACUUAUUCAUAAAAUAGAAUAGCAAGAUAAUCCUUUUUUUUUUUUUUUUUUAAGUAUAAAGAAAGAAAAAGGGGGUUACUUGGUUUGCUGGAUAAAUCGCCCCCAAAGACAUUUUUGUAAUAAAGUUUUAUAUAAAAAUGUGCUUUCUUUCUGUGCUUUUUUUUUUUUUCUGGUUCUUCCAGCUACUUCUCAACUGGAGUGACUUGGAGAGAAACUUCUAUAGAUGUGUAUACACAAUAUUAAUUAUUGGGAUAUGUGUAUACACUUUCAGUGUCUUUAUAAAAUACUUUGUUCUGAGAGAGGAACUUUUGAACUUGGGCUCCCUUAAUUCUUGAGAAUAAAGUGGUUGGGUAAAUCUUUAACACUACAUAAGCACUAUGACAUAAUUAAUAAUAUGAAAGCCUUGCAAUACAAAGUAAUUCCUUUCAGUAACAUUUUAACUUGGCAUCUAUGAAGUCUAGUAAUAUGUGCCAUUGCUGCUGCUGCUGUUACGUUCUGGAAAAUCUCUCAUAGGCUUUCAGAAUUCUCCUGCACUUUACUGUUCUAUGUCAUUCAUUUAAAAAGUAUGCCAAUGGGUAAGAGCAAUACAGAUCUUUAGAGAGAGCUUUUCAUUUUCUUUUUUGGGAGGAGGGAAAAUCCUCCCAGCUAUAAAAAUUUUUCUACGAUGCAGGCUGGCUAAACCGCACAUCAGAAUUCUACAGAACUCAGUGUUUAACAAAACAAAAGUAAUUAACUUUUGGCCUUUAGUCUAAAGAACUAAGUCCAAUUUGGAUUUUAAAGGUAAUUGCACUGGUUUUCCAUGUUGAAGAAUAUGAUCAGACAAGAGAUUCCUCUAUGACUAAAACUCAUUGAUGAAAGAUGGGUUUUUGCUCAUCUUUUUGGCCCUUUCAACUUGGAAUCUCUCUUCACUAUUUUCUUCUAUUACAGUGCCAGCAAGGAAAGCACUGGCACAGUCAUAACAAGGAAAUGGAGAUGGUAUUGGUAUGAAUGUCUAAUUAAUUGUAAAAUUGAUACCCAUAAAGAUGUCUAUAGACAAAUUUAUCUCUCUUUCUCUUCUCCCCCAGCUAUAGACUUGUAAAGCAGUACACUAAGUUGAAGAAAAGAAAAAUAACUAUUUUUCACUAUAAAAGAGACCACACAUUUAAGGUUAGCUGUUCUUUUAAAGAAAGAGAAAAAUAUCAUUGCUACUUUACUUUAAAUAGCAAAGCUGGAUGUCUCUUGUUAGUGAGCUAAUAGAAGACCAAUUAUUAUUUAGGACCUCAACCUCUUUCUUCAGUGCAUUAUUUAUAUUUCACACUAGAAACUUUCACCAAAACCUUUAUUAGUCUCAAUGCCAAAGGUUGAAAUUUCAUGCAGUGCUUAACACCUAGAACUUUAAACUAUUGGCAUAAGGAGUUAAUAUAAAUUAUAUGUGAUGUUUAGGGCUUUUAAGAGAACCAAAUAAAGCAAUAUGCUUGAGUCUUGUGUGGGAAGGGGGAUAGAAUCAUAGAAAAGAGGACCUAUAAGAUCAUCAAGUCCGGUCCCCAGCCAUGGUGGAAAAGAGAAGCUAUACCUAAUACAGAAUUACUUCUAUGUAAUAUUUUUUCUGUUCAAUCUGAUACCUGGGAAUAAUAGAAAUGUUUGUUACUGUUUGAUAUAAGAAACUGGUUUUUAAACAGUUCUGCCCUUGUAAGAUAUGAAGCAUUUCAGUUAAUGGUUUUGGUGAAAGUUGAAUCCAGAUAUUAAUGGCUGCUGGUUGAUGUAAAGAGGUCAGUCUGGUCACUGAACCUUCCAGUAGCACAUAAAAAAUAAAAAACAGGAAAAACAAACAUUUACUUGAAAAGAAUUUUGAAAAGCAUUUUCCCUCUCACCAGUUCUUUGUAAUAUAUUAAGAUUAUAUUUAAAGAUUUUAUGUGUUCGUUCUGGGCAAGUUUACUUCCCCUCCAACUUGAGCACUUUUGUUACUUGUACUGGUUAUUUUUAUUGUUGGUCUUAACACUUAUUUUGUAUUAUUUUUUUUUUUUUUUUUU